AGUGAGUAACGCACUUCACUGCAUAACAGUUAAAUCUUAUAACCCUAUUAGAAUUACGUUGUUUCUAGUGAAUUACUGUUCAUUUCCUGAAUUCUUCGUUUGUAAACUUAGUCUAGUAAUCAUGGCGGAUGCAAAACUAAAAGAGCUAGUGAAAAAACGUGCUACUUUUAAAGCUAAGUUGACUCAAUUUGUCAACGUAUUGAAUAUAUACAAAAGCUGUGCGAUAUUAAGCCAACAUCGAGCUACAGUCAGACCAACAGGAGGAUCAGUUUGCCGAGCGUGAGCAAUUUGAGACACAAUAUUAUGGCGCCGUGUCGCUGGCACGUACCUUGCUCGCCCCUACGCUGCAGCCAACUUCGGAACCCGGUGAAAGGUCCGUGAUAAGUCAGGGUUCCACUAAUUGCAGACACGACUUUGUGCGGUUGCCCAAAAUCGACCUGCCGUACUUUGACGGCGACUAUCAGCGCUGGCUUGCAUUUCGAGAUACUUAUCUUUCACUUAUACACAAUAACAAUAGCUUGAGUGACAUAAACAAAUUACAUUAUUUGCGCGCUGCUUUAAAAGGUAGUGCAGCUUUAAUUGUGCACAGUUUAGAACUUAGAUCUGAUAACUAUGCCAGUGCGUGGCAACUUCUAUCAGACAGGUAUGAUAAUCCACGACUGCUCGUAAACAACCACGUACAAGCCCUUUUUGAAUUUGAGCCUUUACAAAAAGAAUCUAGAGUGGGUUUAAGAAACAUGAUUGACGUCACCAACAAAAACUUGAGGGCGCUUGCUACUCUGGGUGAGCCCACCGACCAUUGGGAUACGCUUGUUAUUUAUAUGAUGUCUCGCAAGUUAGAUAGUAUAUCGUGUCGCGAAUGGGAGGAGUAUCGUAAUACUCUUACCGGUUCUCCAACAUUACAACAUUUUUUAAAAUUUUUAAACAAUAGAGCAGACUUACUUGAAACAUUGUUUAAUAAUAACAAACAUAAUAUACAAAAACACAAAACACCUGAACCUUCUAAGUCUAAGAGCUUCAAUAUCACUACAGAUCACACAAUCAGUAGAAAUGCAAUGAAUGAGAGUAGCUGUCCCCUAUGUAGUGAUGAACAUUAUUUAUACUUAUGUCCCUCUUUUAGAAGCUUAAGCGUUGAUUCACGCAUAAAACAAGCUACAGCUGCUUAUGUAUGCCUGAACUGCUUGCGCCCAGGUCACUCCCAGAAAGGUUGCCGUUUAUCUCAUUGUAAGUAUUGCAAUAUUAAGCACAAUACCUUGCUACAUAAGGAACCUGACACAGAAAAUGUAUCAUCUUCUGCCUUUGAGAACAAUGUUGCCCUUUCCACAGACCUUGUUUCAGCAAACAUAAAUAUUAAUCAAGGCCAUAUCUUGCUAUCCACAGCACUAGUGAAGGUGAAGGAUAUUCAUGGUCACCUACACACGGCUCGUUUGCUUCUUGACAAUGGCAGCACUGCGAACUUUAUAACGCAGAGCUUGUGUGGAAAGCUGAAUCUGGUAAGGCGAGCAACGGACUCUACAGUCUCAGAUGACUCUCUUCUUACUCGCUUCUGGGAACUGGAUUCCGUACCUGCGAAGUAUCACAUGUCUUCCGAAGAGCGACUAUGCGAGCAGAGCUUUGAGGAAAAUACAAGAAGGUGCAAAAACGCAAAAGAAGAAAUGGCACAUCUCUUGCGGGAACCUGACUAUAGGACAAAUGGUUAUGGUGAAGGAAAACAAUCUUCCCCCACUGUUAUGGCUUCUGGGGCGCGUCACUAAACUCAUUCCGGGAAAGGAUGGUGUUGCGAGAGUAGCUGAAGUCAAGACCAAGAAAGGGCAUCUUCUUCGGGCCUGUAAUCGCCGUCGUCAUACUACCAAUUGAAGCGGAUUAGACCACUUCAACGCCGGGGAGCAUGUUGCGUUAUAACGUAAAUCGAAACGCAACAAUGACAAAUAGCCCGGCCCAAUCAAAAAAUACGAAUUAAAUAUAACGGUUCGAGACUUCUUCAAGACAAGAGAGCAUAGUUUUAACUUAACACAGUAGCUCACCUUUUAUGUACAUUUGUAAUUAUCUUUAAAUAUAGAAAUCCUGUUUUU